GCUGAGCUGUCUGCUGUCAUAUCCGUGGCUAGUGUAGUGGCAGUGAGUUUUCCUGUGAUAUUACUGUGAAUUUUUCUGAAUUAGCAGGGUGAAAAGCUUACAAGGAUUGUUAGUUUCAUUUUACAAUGUCUACAUCAGGAGACUUUGGUAAUCCUCUGAGAAAGUUUAAAUUAGUUUUCUUAGGAGAACAAAGUGUUGGAAAAACAUCCCUAAUAACAAGAUUUAUGUAUGACAGCUUUGAUAAUACUUAUCAGGCUACUAUAGGAAUUGACUUUUUAUCUAAGACAAUGUACCUUGAAGACAGAACUGUUAGGCUGCAGCUGUGGGACACUGCUGGUCAAGAAAGAUUUAGAUCUUUAAUACCUUCCUAUAUUAGAGAUUCUACUGUGGCAGUAGUAGUCUAUGACAUAACGAAUGCAAAUUCCUUUCAUCAAACAUCUAAAUGGAUCGAUGAUGUAAGAACAGAGAGGGGUAGUGAUGUAAUAAUAAUGCUUGUGGGAAAUAAGACUGACUUGUCAGAUAAGAGACAAGUUAGCACAGAGGAGGGUGAGCGAAAAGCUAAGGAGUUGAAUGUAAUGUUCAUUGAAACCAGUGCAAAAGCGGGUUAUAAUGUAAAACAGUUAUUUAGGCGUGUCGCAGCUGCCCUUCCAGGUAUGGAUUCCACAGAGAAUAAACCGCCAGAAGACAUGCAAGAAGUUGUCCUUAAAGACACACCAAAUGAAGUGAAAGAUCCAGACGGCGGCUGUGCAUGCUGAUUAUAUAUUAAGGUGUAUCCUCCCUAUAUGCUUGUAUAUGUUUUGUAGAAUUUUUUAAAUCGUUUUAUUGAGUGUUAACUGCCUGAAUUAGUGAGUAAAUUCUAUAUUCCUUAGCUCUAUUCGGCCAUAAAACUAUUUAUCAAGUUCUUAAUGACUAGAUUAUUAAUUUUUUAUUGUAAAUUAAUUUGGACACAUGCUUAUUCACCACAAGUAUGUAUUUACUAUGAAGCAAUACGUUUUUAUAAAGUGCAAUGUGAUGUCCUUGGAUAAUUUUUCAGAAACCAGAUAUAUAUAUAUAUUUUUUUUUUUUCUGAAGUCUAUAUGAAUAAUAAUAAUAUUCGUUUAAGUUCUAUUGAUAGUAUUUGGCUGAAAAGCGAACAGACAAAUUUGACGGUACUAAUAUUGUGCCGAGCGGAAAAAUUAUGGAUGUACAUUUCAAUUAUUAAAAACAUUUCUCAAAAUGCUGUCAAAUACAAAAUUAUAAUAAUUCAAUUAUAAAUACAUUCCCUAUUUGAAAAAAGAAUGACAAUGUUGAGAUAUUUAUCAUUUUUAUUUUCUGUUGACUAUACAUACAAUAGGUACAUGUAGAAGUUGAAACGACCCAUUUUCUAAUAAACCAUAAUUUUCAAAAUUUGUUCAAAAUGAAUAUAUCAGAAGUAAGGAAUACAAUUCAAUUUAUUAAAUAUUUUAUUAGAAAAAAUUAAAUAUCAAAUGUACAAAAAUUGCUUUCAUUUAUACACAAUUUUUAGAAUCUUUAAAUACCCACAUCAUUUAACACUUUUGAUACAAAGCCAAAUUAUAAGAAUUUGACUACUUAAUAUAAAAAAAUUACACUUGGUAGACUUUAUUGCUCAUCAGAAAAGAUUUGCAAUAUAUUCCCGAUCUAACGUUUAACUAUAAAUAUGAAGUUUUAAUAGAAACUACCACAAGAAAUUGAAUUUUAUUUCUUACUCUCUUUAAUUCCUAAUUUUUUCUAACGACAUUAACACAAAAAUACUAUAUUAUAAAAUUUCAUAAAUUAUGUACAUUUAAACAAAAUUGUUUUACAAUAUACCCAUUUUAAAGUGUUACGUGAAAAUGCAUAAAUUCGAGCAGUGAAUUAUUAAAAAACCGCACAUUUAUAACUACACAUUUAAAAUACAUAUUUCAUAGCAGCUAAAAACAUUUCAGUGUGAUUUGACUUUUUUUAAAUAUUUAAAUACAGGCUCUCAAAUACUAUUCUCCUCGUUCGUGGAAUCUUGGAAAUAGUGAGAACUAAGUAUGGAAUGGAAGCAAGGUUCGUGCAAUUUUAUGCACAGAAAAUUAAAUUUUUUGAUAUGUUGGUAUCUGGUACCUCUUACCCCAUGUAUAUUCAUGUGUGUAUGUGUGUGUACAGUACUCGUACUAUAAGAAAACAAGGCAAAAUAGUUCGGUAAACAUGUUUUAGAAGACUUAAGUUUUCUAAUAUGUAAGUUGUAAAAACAUUUGAGUAUCAGGACAUAGAGAUAUAAGCCUAACACUUUUUUUAUGGAACACCUACAGUUCUCUACAUUUGGAAUGAUAAAAAGUUUGAUUAGUUUGUCUCUAAUAAUAAGGGAGAUGUGGCCAAAGGAGUGAACUGUAAGUCUGUCGUGCUUGACAACCAAACAGAAAAAAAAAUGUAUUUUAUACCUAUACAUAGGUACCAAAAAUUUUGGAUGGAUCUGCCAGUAGUUCAUUUGUCCAUUUGUCAUUCUACUGGGCCAAAGUUUACUUAAUGUCGCCGGUCAACAAAUAUAAUUUUCCACAUUCCAAAAAUAUUCGUGCCUCAUUUUCUUAAGCACCGGUACUAUAUGUAUGUGUGUAUGAAUGUAUGUGUUGCAUUUAUUUAUUUUAAUCAAAAUUAUAGGUUCUAUAUUUUUACCAACUGUAUUAAAACUAAUUGCUUAGGUACAGGAGUCCACUUAGCCAUUGUGCAGGGCAUGCCAAUAUACACAUGGCUUCAGAUAGGGAGCUGGCACUGGCAUCUAAUUAAUUUUUUUUUAACGUAAAGUGAUCGAUUAAUUCUUAACAUACAAGCAGCCAGUGCCUCUAACGGGCUCCUGCUUAGUUAUACACUACUCGUAAUAGGAGAUUUGUUGUAGCUAUGUUGUAUUUAUUUUUAAGCUUUCUCUAUAAUUAUUUACAGGGUAUCUCAGGAAAUUUUUUCAUGUAUUAUACUGAUAAUUUGCAUUCAUUAGAAGGUGAGUUAAAAUUGAUUUAACAUAGUAGUGUUUAACCAAGAGUUCCCUGAAUAAUAAAUAUACUUUUUUCUUCAUUAUUAUACUCUAUUUUAUAAUACUUGUUAUUAUUUAUUUAAUUGUUUCUUUGUGUUAUCAUUUACAUGAAAUAAUUUAAUGACGGUUAAAUAUUAAAAUCCUGUUUUAAUUUUUGAUAACAAAAUAAUUUCACUUUGGUUUAACAUUCAAUAUAUUACAGAAUAAAAUGUAUAAUUAAUUUAUAAAUGUCAAUAAAAAUAUACGUAUUUUAGUAGGCUUUUUUAAGAUUUAAUAAAUUAUUUGUUAGCAUAAUAAAUCGAAUACCUUUAAUUUACUGCAUAUACCUGCCAUGGAACCUGCCACACAUGCAGUAUGCACCAAAUACUGCGUUAAAAUGUCUGUGGAUCAGCAACAGACAUUCACUGUAUAUAUAUUUUCAGACGUGUUUGCUUUAUAUAUUUGUCAUAAAAAAAACAACUUAAAUGAGGUAUGUAGUAAUUAUAUACAUUCUUUAUUAAUGUAAAAGAUGCAUGUUAUUAUUAAACGAUGGAUAUGUAUUUUCCUUAUGGUUUAACAGCUGUGGAUCUUCAAACACAGCCCCAAUUACAGAAUGAUCAGCAGGAUUCAGAGGGAGGUUGCAUGUGCUGAAGGAUUUUAAAUGAAUCAUUAAAUCAUCAUUUAGUUGAACAAGAAACAAAACCAAAGUAGCCUCUGCCUAUGUUAAUGUUCAAAGUAAUGCUAUGAGUGUGAUAUUAUGUUGCAAUUUGCACUUACGUGUGGCACAGAAAAACCACUAUUAAUAUAUAAAUUGCAUUCUUCAUGUAAUCUGAUCUUGAUAUUGUAUAAUUUUUCUAUUAAAAUAAUUUUUGCUUGUACAUGAGUUGUCAUCAUUACUCAACUAAUCACUUCACGGAUCACACCAAGAUAUUAAAUAGUGACUGGAUAUUAAAUAUUUGCCAAUUAAACAAAAUUGUCAAAAACCUUUGAUUUUUGUGAUAUAAAAGUUUCAAAUUGUAUCAGUUCCAUAUAACUUUCUUAUUCAGCUCUUUUUAAAUACAAGAAUUUCUAGAACGAUUAAAUUAUUCUGAAUAACGUGAGAAACACUUAAUAUUAUAUUUUGAUAAAUAUCUAUUUAAAAAGGGGCAAUAAAAUUAUUUCUGGUCACAUAAUAUGUAAUUUUGCGAAAUCAUUUGAUGUGGCCAGUUUUGCAGCAUAUAACUUAUUUUUAUUUCAAGAAUUUAAACAAAUUUUUAUUGACAAAUAUUUAAGGAGAUACCUACUUGAAUUGUAGCUAUUUUGUUUUAUGUGUGGAGGCAGAAACUGAAGAAAUGAAGAAAUUAAUUAAAAAUAAGUGGAGGUUGAUAUAUGCUACCAUAUAACACUAAAAAAUCUUAAAAUACGUUGAAUGGAAAUGAGCUUAAAUAAACUACUAUUUGCAAAUACUCGUUAAAUUAUAGUGUGUGUGCUUAUACAACAAGAAAGUAGAUAAUCUAUUAUUGGUUUCUGAGUUUAUUACUUAUUGAGCUAUGUAAUUUUAUUACCGAUGUCAACAUUGUUAUAUACCUUAUCUAAGGCUUGUUUUCAGUGUGUAUAAAUUAUUCAAUAUAGGAUUAAA